CCCACCUUCCAUGUUGAAACCCAGUCUGUGCUGAAAGUUUCGUUUGGCAAUCUCUUUAAACAAUACACGAUUUGUGAUCCAAAUGGACGACCGUCAGCUAGACCUGACAGAGGCACAGAAAGAAACCAAAUCAAAAUACCCACCCAUCGACAAGAAGUAUGAAUACUUGGAUCACACAGCAGAUGUACAAAUCCAUUCCUGGGGGAACUCUCUGGAGGAAGCCUUUGAGCAAUGUGCCAUGGGCAUGUUUGGCUACAUGACGGACACGGAAACAGUUGAGCCGAUUGAUACUGUUGAAGUGGAGUCAGAAGGGGAAGACAUGGAAUCUCUGCUCUUCCACUUCCUAGAUGACUGGCUGUACAAGUUUAGUGCAGAUGCCUUCUUUAUUCCAAGGGAAGUCAAAGUUUUGCACAUAGACAGAAUGCGCUUUAAGAUCCGCUCCAUUGGGUGGGGUGAAGAAUUCUCCCUGGUGAAGCAUCCACAGGGUACAGAAGUGAAAGCCAUUACAUACUCGGCAAUGCAAAUCCAUGACAAGGAAGAACCAGAGAUAUUUGCAAUUGUUGAUAUCUGAUACUAAAAAAAUGUUGAUUACACUGUUAGUUUGUUGGAACUGGAAUACCUUAUGGCCAUAUUAAGUGGCCUUUUUAUGUAAGAAAUGACUGGUGUAAAUUGUAAAAUAAUGUUUGCUUAUUUUAGAUUCUGUGAGAGAUUAUUAUACGCAUAUACUGUACCAUUAGUCCAAAAACUAUUCAUUCUUUACAAAAUACCAGAAUAUUUCAAUCAUGAUCUGAUUGUUUGAAAUGUAUUACUAUUAAGGGAUAUUUAUUACAUGGAGCUAAUAAUGCCUCUUAAGUGAAUCAACUCCAUGUGUUUAUGUUUUUGUUUUCUCAAAUGUUUUAAAAAACUACGACGAUAUGUAAAUAUAUUAUUUUUGUGUUUUUUUUGUUUGUUUAAGGGUCGGAAAAGUUAGUGAAUGGACAAAGUAAUUGCACAUAAAUCUACAAUGUAAAAUGUGAUGGUUGUAGUUAUACACAAAAUAAUCACCUACAACAUGAUCAGAAUCAGCCUUUACUCGCCACUUAUACAGAGGUACAAGCGGAAUGGUGCAAUCAUCUGUCCUUACAUAUACAACAUACUAUACAAUAAGACUGGAGGGUAGGCGGGAG